AUGGAAAAUUGUUCACCUAGUGUUGCACCUAUUAUGAGAGGUGACAAGUUUAAUUUGGACCAGUGUCCUAAAAAUAACUUGGAAAAGGAACAGAUGGAAAACAUCCCGUAUGCUUCAGCCGUUAGAAGUCUUAUGUAUGCUUUCGGUGCAUGUCGAGACCCAGGACAUUAUAUAUCUUUGUGGGGAUGUUUGGAAGAUAUCAAAGUAAUCCAGGGAUUUACCUUUGGAAAACUGCAAAAAGUAAUAAAGUACCUUGAGGGUACAAAGGAGUACAAGCUUACAUACAGAAGAUCAGAUAACUUGGAGGUCAUUAGAUACUCGGAUUCAGAUUAUGUUGGCUGUCUUGACUCUCGGAGAUCGGCAUCCGGUUACAUUUUCAUGUUGGCGGUGGUGCUAUCCAUGGAGGAGUGCAAAGCAGGACUUUGGUUUGCUACUUCCACUAUAGAAGCCGGGUUUGUUUCAUGUUUUGAGGGAGUUCGAGUAUUUGGUUGGGGAGUUUCAUACUCGGGGCUUAGAAUCAGUGAUUCUAUAUCUAAAGCCAUUAAGGAUGUAUUGUGA